UUCGUCACUCGUUAGCUCGCGGUGCUUGAGUUGAGAGCGCGAGUGUUACGGUGGCUGACUUAUAUACCAAUGCAUUUGUGAAUGUUUCAGUGGACACAGGGAAGUCUGGCCACUGGUCAAGUGAAUACAAUCCAUUUGGAUAUAUCAAGCCGCUAUGUGGCUACAGUCACGGCGUGUAUUUUUGACUGUAGCGAUUUUUCUGCACGUGUAUCCUCCGCCGUUGACUGGGGGGCUGCAAAUUGCAGAAACAGUCGCCGAAAUUCCACAUGAGUCGGUGUGCUCCCAUGAUACAUUCCUGUGCCCAAAUGAGACUGAGAUCGGCCACCACUGUAUUCCACGCAGCUGGCUCUGUGAUGGAGACGAGGACUGUGCAAAUGGGGAGGACGAACUUGCCAACUGCAGCACCCCUAAGUGUGAAAGGGGACACUUCCAUUGUGUUAAAGGGACACCCUUCUGUGUAAAGGAGGGUUAUGUGUGUGAUGGCGAGGAGGACUGCAGUGAUGGGUCCGAUGAAUCCCCACAAGAAUGCGUGAAACAUAAGGGCGGGAAACAUGCACGAGGUGACGCCAUUGACAGCUUUAAGUGUCUUCCAAACCAGUAUUUAUGUCCGGGCACUCUCCACUGUAUUCCCCUAGAGAGGGUCUGUGACUCGGUGGUGGACUGUGAAGAUAAUGGUGCUGACGAAGGAGCACAUUGUGCCAACUACGGAUGUCGGCAGCAGCAGUGUGAGUACAUGUGCAAGGAAACACUGAAAGGUCCGCAGUGCUACUGUCAGCAGGGACAGCAGAUCAGCGACUCGAACCCCAUCAAAUGUGUGGAUUUUAACGAGUGUGAAAUUGAUGGAUUCUGCGACCAAAACUGUGACAACACUAAUGGCAGCUACAACUGUUCCUGUGUGGCUGGGUACCAGGCAGGAAGAUGGGAAGAUGUAAAGCCAUCGGUUUCUGCACCAGCUGAACCAGCCAAACUCCUCGUUGCCAACUACGGCAACCUCCUCCUCAUUCACCUGUCCACCAAGGCCGUAUCUACAUCCUUCAACAUCACCGGUGACAGAAUCACAACGCUAGAUUUCGACUACCACAACAAAUCCGCCUGCUGGUUGUCAUACAAUCACACCAAGGGAGACAAUCAGCUUCGGUGUGCAGAUCUACGUGACAGCUCCAAACAGUGGACGAUUCACACCCACUUCAAGCUGACAUCUGUGAAUCAAAUUGCCAAGGACUGGAUGUCUGGAAACUGGUAUUUUGCUGACGACAAACGAGAUCAGAUCUUUCUGUGCACAUCAACCGGCAAACAUUGUCUGACAGUGCUCAACUAUGGAAUAAGUCAGCCUAAGAGUAUUGCCAUCGAUGCAUCCAGAGGAUAUCUGUUCUAUGCAGACUGGUCAUCACAUUCCAAGAUUGGGAGAGCAAAUCUUGACGGUUCUGAUGCUCAUGGCAUCGUAACGCGGAAGAUCGUCCACCCCAGCGGCAUCACCCUUGACUACGCGAACAGACAUGUGUACUGGGGAGACACCUUCCUGAAUCUCGUGGAGCGAGCAGACUAUGAUGGCAACAACAGGAGAACAGUGUCCCCCGGAACAGAUAUUAAGCCUCGGUACGGACUGACACUUUUUGAAAAUGACCUCUAUGUGUCAAACCUACAAAAGCGCAACCACAGCAUUGUGCGACUCCACCGGUACGACCGCACCAUCCCUCCGCAAGUCCUCAAGAAGGAUGUCAUCAAACCUGGCGCCCUGCAAGUGGUGCACCGAGUGAGACAGCCAGGAUACAAAAAUGUCCAGAUUCAGCAGAAUAAGUGCAGCCAGAUCUGCAUCCCGAUGCCAGUUGUGAGUGGUGGCGUCCAAGCUACAUGCGCCUGUAGGGCUGGCUUCAGACUUCAUAAUGGAACCCAGUGUGAAAAGAACAUACCAGACAGGUUCCUGCUAUAUGCCAGUGCCCAGCAAGGAAGUGUACAUGGUAUUUCAUUGGACCCGAACAUUGCACAUGACGUCAUGGUUCCGAUCCAGAAUCUCAACCGACCAAUAGCAUUGGCACCACAGUCGUCAACGGGUGAUGUGUACUUCUCUGAUGUCAGCAAGAUGCAGAUACGGAGGCGGAAUGUGGACAGUGAAGGAGAAUCUGAACUGUUCCUGGAUUCAGGAGUGACUCGGUGUGAGGGUCUAGCGAUUGACUGGGUGGGCAAUAACUUGUACUGGACUGAUGACGGCCACCAGUCAAUCAACGUCGUCAGGCUGGACAACACCUCCAUGGUCUACACUGUCGUCAACGGUACCAACCACCCACGGUCUAUGGUCGUAGAUCCAAAUGAAGGCAUGAUGUACUGGAUUGACCUUCUGUGGCGACAUCCUGGUGACAUCGUCGCUAAGAUUGAACAGGCAGCGCUGGAUGGCAGUGGACGCAGAGACCUGGUUAACCAGACGAUCAAGUGGCCCAACAGUCUCACCCUGGACACAGCCAAUCACAGACUGUACUGGACCGAUGCUUACUAUGACAAGAUCGACAGUAUCUUGACAGAUGGGUCAGGCAGACGGACUGAACGAAAUCUUGAGGGCGUCAGUCACAGCCACCCAUACGGCAUCGUCUUCUCCGACGACAACCUGUACUGGACAGAGUCACUCAAGGGGUUGGUGGACACAAUCAAUGAAACAAGUAGCUCAGUCAUCCAUCUGCGCACCGACAGCUCCCCGCUGUUUGAUCUGGUGCUGUUUGACAGGAACGCCCAAACUGUUGAUGGAGAUAAACCUUGUGCCAAGGACAAUGGAGGCUGCAGCGACCUCUGUCUGUCAAUACCGGAGGGGAAGGUGUGUGCCUGUGCUAAUGGCCGAACACUGACCGACGACAAGCUGACUUGCGAAGACAUUCCAAACUAUCAGUCGCCGCCAAAGUGUGAUGAGAACUUUAAGUUCCAGUGCAAGGACGGCAGCUGCAUCAACAACCAGUUCAAGUGUGACGGCGACUACGACUGCCCUGACCGAUCAGAUGAGGAUGUGGGGAGGAGGGACCUUGCAGUAAGUAACGUGACCUGCCCUGACGACAUGUUUGCCUGUGGUAACCAGAGGUGUAUCUACGCCCAGUUCGUGUGUGAUGGUGAACCUGACUGUAUCGACGAGAGAGAUGAACAUGCCAAUACCUGUAACAGCAACCGCAAGUGUCCUGCAAACUACACUAUGUGCAAAGAUUCCCACCGCUGCAUCCCAGAGAGCUGGAGGUGUGACCACGACAAUGACUGCGCAGACGGCUCGGAUGAAGAUGACUCCUGUGGCUACAACACCAGUUGCAGCUUUGACCAGAUCCAGUGUCUGAGCGGCCGCUGCAUCCCCUACAUGUACCGCUGCGACAACGAGUACGACUGCAAGGACCACUCCGACGAGUGGGACUGCAGCAACCGAUGUGACCUCAAGCGGGAGUUCAAGUGCGUGAACAGCAGCGUCUGUCUCCCCCUCAUCUACAAGUGCGACAAUGAGUUCAACUGUGCAGACAAGUCGGAUGAGAUGGACUGUGACCUCCCUGUGAGCCAGUGUCACGAGAGUGAGUUCCAGUGCAGCAGUGGCAGCUGCAUCACCACCAUCUGGCGCUGUGACGGCGACAAGGACUGUCAGGACGGAUCUGACGAGAUAGAUUGCAUUGAAGGCAACGUCACAUGCCACACAGCUGAGUUCAGGUGUGACGAUGGAAGUCGCUGCAUCCCCAAGUCGUGGAAGUGUGACAUGGAUGCCGACUGCAGUGACCAGUCUGACGAGAAACCAGACGAGUGCACUUAUCACAAGGCCUGUGAAGCCCCUAAGUUCAGUUGUCAUGACAACAAUACCUGCCUUCCACUGGAGAAACUAUGUGACGACCACAGUGACUGUGCGGAUGGUUCUGACGAGGGUCGCCUCUGCGGGUACGACCUGUGUAUCAACAAUGACUGCAGCCACCACUGCCACAAGAGCCCCAACGGCUACGUCUGCUACUGCCCCGAUAACAUGAGACUGAGUUCCGACAACAGCACAUGUGUCCCCCAGGACAUCUGUGAGAGAUGGGGAAUCUGUAGCCAGAGCUGUGCCUCCACCCCGCUGGGUCAUCAGUGUCUCUGCCAUCCUGGGUACACCCUCGCCAACGACAGAUACAGCUGCAAGCCCAAUGAUUCUGUGCCCAUUUACAUUAUCUACUCCAACCGUCACGAGAUCCGCCGCUAUGACCUCGGCACCAUGAACUACAUCUCCCUCGUCUCUGGCCUCCGCAACACAAUUGCACUAGACUUCCACUACGCUGAUAACUCCAUCUUCUGGACAGAUGUGGUUGACGACAAAAUCUACAGAGGGCAGAUGAUCUCCAACACAAUCACAGACAUCAAGCCUAUCAUUGACGUGGGUCUUGCCACAACAGAAGGGUUGGCCAUUGACUGGAUUGCGGGCAACAUCUACUGGGUGGAGAGCAACCUUGACCAGAUUGAGGUGGCCCAGCUGGAUGGCAGCAACCGCUCCACUCUUGUGGCAGGCAAUAUGAUCAGCCCUCGUGCCAUCGUCCUCGACCCCAGAGACGGAUUGUUGUUCUGGACGGACUGGGAUGGAACUAAGCCUCGUAUUGAGAGUUGCUCUAUGAGUGGGGAACACCGAAAGGUCGUGUACGACAUCACCAGGAUCCAGGGUGGAGGGUGGCCUAACGGUCUCACCAUCGACUACGAAGCUAGACGACUCUACUGGGCUGAUGCAAGGUCUGACUCAGUCCACACCAGCACGUAUGACGGCCUGGACCACCAUCUUGUUGUGCACAAUCACGACGCCCUGGCCCAUCCGUUUGCCCUCACUCUCUUCGAGCACUAUGUGUACUGGACAGACUGGAGAACCAACUCACUUGUCAGGGCCAACAAAUUCAAUGGUUCUGAUGUCCUGACGAUUCAGAGAACAUUUACGCAGCCCUUUGAUCUGCAGGUGUUCCACCCUAAGCGGCAACCACCAGAGCAUGAGUCAGGACUGAAGGAAAACAUGAAGACAUGUAUUGCCGACAACAAGUUCCUGUUGUUUGUGAAAGAGAAUGAGAUCCGUGGAGUUGACCUGAACAAUGCCCAUUACAACGUCAUCCCCUCCAUCACCGUACCCUUCGUGGAGAACGCCACUGCCAUCGACUAUGACAGCUCCGAGGACAAACUAUACUGGACAGACAAGAAACGCAAUGUUAUCCGCAGCGCUUUCAUCAAUGGAACUGGAAUUGAAACUAUCAUAGACUCAGGAAUAUCUAACCCUGAGGGAUUUGCGAUAGACUGGUUGUCCAGAAACAUGUACUUCUCAUCAUAUGACGACCAGAAGGCCUCUAUAUCUGUGGCCAAACUGGAUGGCGCCUACCGCAUAGAGAUUGUCAGCGCUGUAGCAACAGCCAGUGCCAACCUGUUAAGACCAAACUCCAUCGCUGUCCAUCCCCAGAAAGGAUUGAUGUUCUGGUCCGAUUUGGGCGGGGACAAACACCGCAUCAUGAAGGCCAACAUGGAUGGCAGCAAUGCUCAAGUCAUCAUCCAGGAUGCCAGACAUCCAACAAGUUUAACGGUGGACAUGAAGGGGAACAAGCUGUACUGGAUCAGCCGUCAGAACAACACUGUCAACAUCUGUGAGCUGGACGGUUCGGAUCUGAAACAAUACACCCGCGAUGUCAUGGACAUCAAGUCUCCAGUUUCCAUGACAAUCUACGACAACACUAUCUACGUAGCCAACACCAGCAACAUCCUCAAGUUUGACACUAAGAAGAAACAGAUUCUGUCAAUGAGGGACAACACGCCUCAUGUCUAUGCCAUGCAGGUGUACGACCCCAGCAGCCGCAAGGAUGGAAGCAACGGCUGUCAUAAAUCCAACGGUGGAUGUGAGCAGAUGUGCCUGCCGACUGGGGAGACGUCCAAGAUCUGCAAGUGUACCGCGGGCUUCACACUGAGCACCGCCGAGAAAUGUCAGGGCAUCAUGUCCUUCCUGUUGUAUUCCACCGAGUCGGAGAUCAGAGGCUUCUCAUUGGGCGACUCCAGGACCGAGGCUUUGGCACCAAUCUCCAAAAUAUCUCUGGCUGCUGCAGUAGACUUCCAUGCUGACACAGACUCAAUCUUCUGGGUGGACAGCAACUCACGGACGAUUUCCCGCAUCAAGCGUGAUCUGACCGGACGGGAAACUGUCAUCAGCGAUGGCAUCAAUGGCAUUGAGGGGAUAGCUGUAGAUUGGAUCGCUGGCAACAUCUACUGGACUGACAGGGGACACGACACUGUAGAAGUGUCCUCAUUGAACGGCUCAAAUCGUUACGUUGUCAUGCAUGGCGACAUGGAGAAACCGAGGGCCCUUGCGGUCCAUCCGGUUAUGGGUUACAUCUUCUUCUCAGACUGUGGGGCAAAACCAAAGAUAGUUCGAGCUCUCCUGGACGGGUCUGAACGCAUUGACUGGAUCAACUCAGACAUCAGGUCCCCCUUUGGUCUGACCAUUGACUACAAGUCCAACCUGCUGUUCUGGUGUGACAAGGACUUGGAUGUCAUUGAGAGUGUCGACAUUGUGUCCAAGAAGCGAACAAUCAUUUAUCGCAACCUCACAGACUGCAUGUCUCUCACCGUCUUUGAUGAUUACGUUUACUGGGCCGACUCAACAAUGGAAGCCGGGUCAAUUGCCCGAGCCAACAAGAAGGAUGGGAGCAACAUGAAGGUACUGCGACACGGGCUGCCCCAGAGGCUGAAGGACAUCAAGGUGUUCGACAAGCAGAGGCAAAGUGGCACCAAUGUAUGCAGCAGGAACCAAUAUGGCUGUGAGCAGCUGUGCCUGUACCGAGGAGAGUCCAAGGCCAGUUGUGCCUGUUCAUAUGGCAAGCUCAGCUCCGAUGGACGCAGGUGUGAAGAAUACACCGAGUUCCUGCUGUUCUCAGAGGUGACUUCACUCGAGAGCAUCCACAUGAAGGACAAACCCGACCCCAAUGCUAUCCUGAAGCCUGACCCCAAUCCCCCAAUAAAGCCUAUCCACAAUGCCACAUACAUGAAGAACGUCAUUGGACUGGCCAUGGACCAUGCCUCCCAGAGGAUCUUCUACAGCGACAUCCAGAGAGGAGACAUUCAGUCUGUCUUCUACAAUGGUUCCGACAUUAAAGUGCUUGUUGAAGGAGUGGGGGCAGCAGAGGGGCUGGCGUUUGACUCUGACACUGGGGACCUAUACUGGACUAGCUACACAAACUCCUCCAUCAGCAAGAUCAACCUUCGUAAGCCUCCCAAAGAAAGACAGGUGAAAGUCAUCAUCCAGCUCACCUCAGAAGAUCACCCCCGGGCCAUCGUCAUAGAUGUUUGUCAAAACAAAUUGUUCUGGACAAACUGGAAUGACCAGAAGCCGAGCAUCCAGUCUGCCUACUUGACUGGGUACAAACCCAAGUCCAUCAUCACGGAGGAUGUGCGGACUCCAAACGGCUUGACUGUGGACCACCGUGCCCAGAAGCUAUACUGGACCGAUGCCCGACUGGACAAGAUAGAGAGAUGCGAAUUUGAUGGCAGCAACCGAGUGAUAAUUGUGACCAAGAUCCCCCAACACUCCUUCGGAAUCGCUGUGUAUGGAGACUUCAUCUACUGGACCGACUGGAUGUUGCGUGCUGUUCUCCGCGCUAACAAGUACACGGGAUCGGGUCUCACAUGGCUCCGGAAGGGCAUCAAGCGGCAGCCGAUGGGCAUCAUCGCCGUCACCAACGACACCAAUGACUGUACCACUAAUCCUUGUCAUGGCAACAAGUUCGGCUGUGACGAGAUCUGCACUGCAAGUGUCCACGGCCUGGCCUUGUGCAGCUGUCGCGAGGGGCAUGUUCUCCUGAAGGACAAGAGGCGAUGUGUUGAUGCAUCUGUUGUUAGUGGUUGUGAUCUGAAUGACUUUGUGUGUGAUGACAAGAAGAGAUGUGUUGACAUCAGCAAGACAUGCAACAACAUCAACGACUGCCUGGACGCCAGUGAUGAGGACCCAACUCUUUGUGUGGGUACCAGGCAGUGUCCAGUAGACUACUUCACAUGCAACCAGACCGGGCGCUGUAUCACCAUCGACAAGAUCUGCGACGGCAGCACAGACUGUGGGUCUGACGAUGAGUCUGAUGAGUUCAAGUGCCCCUGCAAGGUUAACGAGUUCCAGUGUGCCAACGGCAGGUGUAUCAGCAGCAAGUACAGGUGUGAUCGGGACAGCGACUGCUCAGACCACUCCGAUGAAAUUGGAUGUAACCUGACAUGCUCGGAGCUAGAGAUCGACGGGGAAUUCCUGGAGGGUCUUGUCUCCUGCAACACUACAUCGGCCUGCAUCUACCCCAGCUGGAAGUGCGACGGCAGCAACGAUUGUUGGGACAACAGCGACGAAGAGGACUGUGGCAAACGUACAGACACCCCAUGUCCGGACGGAGCGUUCCCCUGCAAGUCUGGGAGCUGUAUCCCUCCCCAGUGGCACUGCGACAAGGACAACGACUGUGGAGACAACUCGGAUGAAAAGAACUGCACCUACCUGUGUGAUGAGAACCAGUUCAAGUGUGAGGACUCCACCUGUAUCCCCAGCACGUGGCAGUGUGAUGGACACCCAGACUGCCCCGACGAGAGUGAUGAGGGUCCCCUCUGCAAAAACCGGACUUGUGAUCCCAACAAAUUCCAGUGUGACAGUGGUCGUUGUAUCCCCGAGACGUGGAAGUGUGAUCGCGACACAGACUGCAUCAAUGGUGCCGACGAGGGGUCCACAUCCGCCAACUGCAAAGUCCCUCGCUGUGAAGCAGAUGAGUUCUCCUGUGACAACGGACGCUGUAUUCGCAUGGCCUUCUACUGUGACCACGAUGAUGACUGUGGAGACAACUCGGAUGAACCCAAGUCUUGUGUGGACCAACAGUGUGCCCCCAAUGAGUUCCAGUGUUCCAACAAGGGCAAGUGUAUCCCAAUGGCUGAGCGCUGUGACAACUACUUUGACUGCCCCGAUCAUUCCGACGAGAUGAACUGUGAAGUGUUGCCAUGUGGAAACGUCACACAGUUCCAGUGCCAGAACAACGUCUGUAUCGACGAGGAACUUGUCUGCAACGGCAACAAUGACUGUGGGGACAUGUCGGAUGAACCUGACAAUUGUGGGAUCAACGAGUGCUUGUCCACAGCUCACCACAUCAACCGCACAUACUGCACACAGAAGUGCAAGGACAAGAAGAUAGGUUUUGAGUGUUACUGUCGCCAUGGUUACAAGCUUGACGAGGACAAGGUUACGUGUGUUGAUGUGGACGAGUGCAACACCUCCUUCCCCUGCAGCCACUACUGCCAGAACACCAUGGGGUCCUACAAGUGCUCCUGCCCGAAGUUCUAUGUCAAGGAGCCUGAUGGCAAGCGCUGCAAGGCAAAAGGUAGCGCCCCCUCUAUUCUCUUGGUGUCCAACCGCUACUACAUUCGGAAUGUGACCAUAACCAGCGGGGACACACAGAUCCUGACAGACAAACUGUUCAACUCUGUUGCCAUUGACUACGACUGGAAGGAGAAGUUCAUCUACUGGAGUGACAUCACCAGCGUCAACAGCAGCAUCAACAGAAUGUCCUUCGAUAGAAGUGCUUCCAAUAAGACAGAGAUACUACACAGCACAACUGUUCGGAACCCUGAUGGUAUAGCUGUAGACUGGAUUGGGCGCAAUCUUUACUGGUGUGACAAGACAACAGAUACUAUAGAAGUAUCCAAACUUGAUGGAAGGUUCCGCAAGGUGCUGCUACGUGAAGGGCUUCAGGAACCUCGAGGACUCGAUGUCUUCCCUGCCCGCGGCUACCUGUACUUCACCGACUGGGGCGAUACACCUCACAUCAGCCGCAUCUGGAUGGACGGAACAAACCGACAGACAAUCAUCAAGGAACACCUGGCCUGGCCGAACGCACUCACCAUCGACUACAUCACGGAGAAGAUCUACUGGGCUGAUGGGAGCCUGGAUUAUAUUGGUAUGGCUAACUUGGAUGGUAGUCAUCGUAGAAUUGUUGUGCGAGACAACACAGUUGUGCCCCAUGUCUUUGCUCUGGCUACUUUUGAAAGCCACAUAUUCUGGUCAGACUGGGAGAAGACUGCUAUAUACUAUGCGGACAAGUAUACUGGGGAAGAUCCGAAGAUGCUGGUGAAGAUGGUGCAUCGCCCCAUGGACAUCCAGGUUUUGCAGCAGCACAGGCAGUUGCCAGGUCCCAACGAGACAGAAUAUAGCUCCUGUGCGCUUAGUGGCUGCACUCAUCUCUGUCUGUUGCGGCCAACUCUGCACAACCGACACAGCCACAUCGAGCAUGUGUGUGCAUGCCCCGAGAACCACUACCUAGCAGGGGACAAGAAGACCUGCAUCUCCAACUGCACAAGUGCCCAGUUCCUGUGCAAGAAGACGUCCAAGUGCAUUCCACUGUGGUGGAAGUGUGACAACCACACCGACUGCGAGGAUGGGUCUGAUGAACCUCCAGAAUGUGGCACCUACUACUGUGACCAGCCUGGCUUGUUCCAAUGCAAGAAUGCCUCCAGUGCCCGGGACUGCCACAUCCCGACUGCUAUCUGUGACAGUGAGAGUCAGUGUGCUGACGGAUCAGAUGAAGAAAAGUGUGAUUCCUACCCAUGUAUGGAGCACCAGUUCAAGUGCCACAAGGAGAGCAAGUGCAUCUCCAAGACCCUGCAGUGUAACGGCAACAACGACUGCGCCGACGGGGAGGAUGAGAAGGAAUGUCCCAAUUCAUCAUGCAAUGCCAACCAGUUCUCCUGCAACAAUGGCCGCUGUGUUCCUUAUGUGUGGCUCUGUGACAAUGACAAUGACUGUGGAGACAGCUCGGAUGAACCCAAGAACUGCACCAGCCUGAACUGCAAGGAGGACCACACCAAGUGCAACAUCACCGGCCGCUGUAUCCCCAACGCCUGGAAGUGUGAUGGUGAUCCAGACUGUGGAGAUCAAGAUGACACAGACGAGAAAUAUGAAGAAUGCCAUAGAAGAACAUGUGACCCAACUUACUUUCACUGUGAUAAUGGCCAUUGCAUCCCGGGCCGCUGGAAGUGUGACUACUAUGACGACUGUCGCGAUGAGUCGGAUGAGAAGGAUUGUGUGCCCCGCAACUGCUCAGAGGCUGAGCACCGAUGUGACAACGGCAAGUGUAUCCGGAAGAGCCAGCUGUGUGAUGGAGAGGUCCACUGUGAAGAUGGCAGUGAUGAAAAGAACUGCUCAAAGUACGUGAACUGCACAUCUAUGGAAUUCAAGUGUCUGAAUGUCCUCCACUGCAUCCCCAAGACGUGGCGCUGUGAUGGCGACACUGAUUGUGCCGACGGAACAGACGAGUGGUCAUGUGAUAGGAACUGUACAAAGGAUGAGUUCCGCUGCAGCAAUUCCGAAUGUAUACCUCUAUUGUGGCAGUGUGAUGGCGACAACGAUUGUGCAGACGGAUCUGAUGAGACCCCCAAAAUGUGUGACAGUUUGGGCUGUGCUCCAGGCAGGUUCCGCUGUAACAACAGCAUCUGCAUCUGGAACAGCAUGGUCUGCGACGGCAACAGUGACUGUCCUGACAGGUCGGAUGAAGAUCAUUGUCCCAGGGAGCACCAGUGUCGACCGAUGGACUUCAAGUGCCACAGCUCCCGACAGUGCAUUAGCCAGAGCAUGGUGUGUGAUGGCACACCACACUGUGAGGACAAGUCUGAUGAAGACUCCAACUACUGCGAUACUGUUAAGAAGAACCUAAUGUGCACUUUGAAGAACGGUGGCUGUGAACAGCAGUGUCGUCAACUGACCAAGGGCAUCAGGUGUGAGUGUAAAGAUGGCUUCAGGCUCAACCAUGACGGCUUCCAUUGUGAUCCUAUCAACCCAUGUGAUCAGUGGGGCAUCUGCUCACAGAAGUGCAACUACACCAUGGAAGAUCGUCACCACUACUGCUGGUGUCGAGAGGGAUACAGUCGCAGAUUCGGGGCAGAAGGGGCCUGCACAGCUGAUGGGACUCCGCCUGUGAUCCUGAUUGCAGAGAAGUCAGUGCUGUUGCAAAGUCCCACCCAGGUCAAUAUGACCACCAACGGCAUGGACGUCAAACCCCUCAAUGUCACGUUAAACAACAGCAGGAAGAAGAACACGAUUGUCGCAAUGGACAUCGACACCACCAAAGCUGAGUGGACUGCAUUCAUCGUGACGGAAGACAAAGAUCACAUGGUGUUUGUUCACAAAAACGUCUUGAAAAACACCCAGAACAAGCGAUCCAAGCGGGACCAGAAAUCUAAGGGUCCACAACUGUGGUUCGGCCAUGCCAAGAUUUCAGACAUAUCCUUGGACUGGGUUUUGAAACGUAUCUACUACAUCGAUUCCACUACCCGUUCCAUUCAGCUGCGGACAUAUGAUGGCAGCAACCAAAUGCACAUCAUCGACAGUGGACUGGAAGAGCCCAACUCCAUAGCCGUGGAUCCUAGCUCAGGGAAGAUCUUCUGGACAGAACAAGGGGUGUGGCCAAAGAUUGAGAGUGCCAACUUAGAUGGCAGUAACAGAACAGUACUGGUCCGAGACGAACUGGACUGGCCAAACGGCAUUGCAGUGGAUCAUGAGAAUGGCUGGGUGUACUGGUGUGACACCAAGAAGAGCACGGUGGAGACAAUCAAUGUUCAUGGCAAAGGAAGGACCAUUGUACAGAGGUUCAAUGAGUCUGACCCCCCUUUCAAGCUGGAGGUGUUUGAAGACUUUCUGUAUGUCCUCACAUUCCACAAGUACCAGUUACUCCGAAUCCACAAGUUUGGCCGCACCCAGAACCACACCCCUGUCGACCCCCAGGUGGUCUACACAGGCCUUGAACACAUCAGCACCAUUGUUGUGGCCCAGGAACAGAAGAUGAACAUCGACUUGCCCAACAACUGCACGAAGGACAGCCACUGUGGCAAGGCCAUGUGCUUCAACUCUCCCCAUUCCACCAAGGGACAUACCUGUAAAUGUCCAAAAUAUUCCAAGUACUUGAAUGGUGGCCGAUGUGACUUCGUCAAACCCUGUCAGAACUUCUGCGUGCAUGGAAACUGCUCAAUGACUAUGUACAAUGAGCCAAAGUGCAGCUGCCAGGUUGGCUACACUGGUGUCAAGUGCGAGGUCAGCGUCUGUGACAACUACUGUGGUGUUGGCACAUGCAACAUGCCCAAGGACCACGACUCAAACCCCACCUGCAGCUGCCCCGCUGGCUAUGAGGGCCCUCGCUGCCGGACCUACAGGUGUGCCAACUACUGCAAGCAUGGGACCUGCCUCAUCGACAAGACAACCAGGAAGCCCAAGUGCAUCUGUGAUGUCCGCUUCACCGGCACGACAUGCGACGAGAAGAAGAAGAUGUGGUGUGGGCAGUACUGCAUCAGCGGCAACUUCGUGAACUGCACCACCCUCCCCAGCGGCCAACCCAGUUGUCUGUGCAAGGAAGGCUUCAAGGGUCACCGCUGUGAGCAGUGUGAGGACAUGUUCUGCUACAACAGCGGCAUCUGUAGAAUGGACAGUCAAAACAGACACAUAUGUAGCUGCCCAAAGAACUUCGACCCGUCAUUACAGUGUACAGAACACACGUGUGACUUCAUGUGUCAGAACAACAAGGCAUCAGAUCGAUGUGUAUGUAACGACAAGUGUCCCGGCCCUCCCCCGGACUGUGCCAGCAUCAAGCCCACCUGUGCCGACUUCUGUAAGAAUGGGGGAAAAUGCACAUUAGUGCACCAAAAGCCGACCUGUGAGUGUAGCAGUGUACACAAGGGCCCGACAUGCGACAGAUGUCUAUGUGCUCCGGGCGGGGAGUGUAUCCGUACCCAUGAUGGCCAGUACAAGUGCAGGUGUCUGUAUGGUCAUGUGGGGCUGCACUGCCAGCAUGCAUGUGCAGGUGUGUGUCGCAAUGGAGGGAAGUGUGCCGGCUGUCACCUCGGCCCACACAACAAUGCCACCUGUCAGUACUGCAUCUGUAAGGAAGGCUUCACAGGGACUUUGUGUGAAGACAACGGGAUAACCAAACCCAUCAUCCACCAGCCCCGCACUCCCCUCAACCCACUCUACAUCAUCAUCCCGGCGAUAGCCCUGGUCCUGGUGCUGCUCAUCAUCCUCGGCAUCGUCUUCUACCGGAGAAAACGGAGGAUGGAGCAGUACGGACACAAGAGGAUGAAGGAGCCCAACAGGAUGGACGUGAAGAACCCCAUGUACCUGCGUCACGAGGAGGAGCCGGAUGAGAGAGACCCACUCGGAAAUAAUCCAAUAUUUAGAGGAGAUGCUUCUACAAACUUUGCAAAUCCAAUGUACGACGUGUAUAACACAAGUGAGAGCAUGCAGAUGCUGCUUAACCAGGAAGUGGUGCCUGACAGCGAGGAGAACCAGCUGUUAGAGGAGGGGUCGAAUGUGCUCUACUUUGGAACAGGUGAUAACGCAACGAAACCGGCUAAAGCAUGAUGAAGAACAUGUUUGAGGUGUGGCGAUUCUGAUUCCUGGAACCAGACUAGAGUUACAAUCAAGACAUGACUUGCCAAAGUGCUCAUAUAUACAUAUAUAUAAAUAUAUAUAUAUAUUUAUUCAAAGGACAACAGUGAAGGUUAUGUGACCUUGACAUGAUCUUUCAGGGUCAAGGUGACAGUGUCUGUGACCUCUUGAGAUGUGAUAGAUGCAGUGAAGCGCUAACAGGGAGUAUAUACAACUGUGAUCAUUGACUUUGUAUCUAUGGUUGUGAUGAAACUGCUUCAGAUCAAAAGGUCAAGGUCACAUGGUUGACCUUAGAGGUCAAAGUUUGGGAUACUGCUGCUACUUGUUCCAGUAAUGGAAUUGACUAAUUCUAUGGUUUAUUUUAUAUGGAUAUAACCUUAUUAUUUACAAAUUCAGCUACAGCAGUUUAUGAUUAUCUUGAGGAUCUGCAAUUGUUAAACCUUUAACAAAACAACUAUUUUUAUAACUUUUAUAUGACUGUUAGAUCAUGAAGGUAGUGUUUUGGUGGGACUGAGGUGCGUACACAACAGGUCGCGGUAGGCCACAGCAAAUUAUCACUUGUUCCACUAAAGCUUAAGUCAGGACAUCAGAUGUUUUAGUUAGUGGGUCAUCAGAUGUUGAUUAUAAGAUUGAUUAAUUACUAGGCUGUCAGUUGUUUUUAAUUACUAGAUCGUGUUAUGUGUUACUUACUAGAUCAUUUGUUUUAAUUACUAGGUCAGAUGUAUUAAUUACUUGGCCAUCCAAUGUUUAUUUACUCAGUCAUGUUUUAAUAGAUAGGUCAGAUCUGUGAUUAUCCGAUUAUCUGAUAUUUUGAUUACCUGAUUAUCAGAUGUUUUAAUUACUCAAUUAUCCGAUGUUUUAAUUACCUGAUUAUAUGUUUUAAUUACCCAGUUAUCAGAUGUUUUAAUUACUUGUUUGCCAGAUAUUUAGCCAAAUUUUUAUGAGACAAUUUAAUCAGAAGUUGACAGAUAAUAUCUAAUCUAAAUUCCUCGCCAAAUGUUUUGAUGCUCUUUCAGACAAUAGUGAUGAGAGAAUUUACCUACACUAGUUGCUAGGAAGUAGUUUCUGUUGCUGGGGAAUACUGAAGAUAGUCUUGCAAAGAUGUUUGGGGAUGAACGACUUCUCAGUUUGUUGUGUGUUUGGGGGGAACAGUUUGCAGAAACAUCCUCCGAGAUGAUGAGGUCAACCCCCAGAGGCUAUCGACCUGUGCUUGUUCAUGUUUUAAUCUGAAAUGCAUUGUUUGCUUUAUCUAGUAAUUGUACAAUUUGACAGGGCAUUUCUUGUAAAUACUUCUUUUUAGGCAAGUCAUUCUAUAUUCUAUACAAUUCCAUCAUUACUAGAAAAAGUUCUUAGUACAAAGACUACAAAAAUGCAGUUGUUUCAGACUUUGCAAACAGUUGUUUUUCACCGACAGUGUGGACACGAGACUGUUCAGUGGGUCUGCUGUAUGUGUUAAUGUGGCCGAAAGCUUUAAUUAAAUCACUGUGUUCUGUCUUCCCAUCUUUCUGAUGCAGCAGUUGAAUCUUAAUUACUAAGUGUUUCUUUAAGUGUAUGAGAUCUGUGCCCUACUUCAGGUAUCACAAAGAUGUUUUCUUAUCUAUUUUUGUACAUUUGAUUGUAUAUAAAUAGAAUAUGUCCAACAAGAUUAACCAUUCAUUACUAGAAUUGACUGAAGGAAAUGGACAUUAUUUUUGGUUUGAAUGCCAGUAUUAUGAUAAAACUUUAAGUUUGUUCGAUACACAGGAAAUUUAUGUAAAGGCUUACAGGUGAUUGUGUAGUUAAUCUGAGAUUCAUUUACCGUAGAUUAUAUCCUGAAAAAUUGGUUGUAAUUAGUGCCGAGUUUUGUAGCUGAAUACCUGGACUUGUGGCAGUCCGUCUCGCCAUGGAAUUUCUGCAGUUUUUCCGUGGAGUUUCCGCAGUUUUUCCGUGGAGUUCCCGCUGUGUUUCCAUUGGAGUUUCCACGGUGUUUCCACGGAGCACUCUGAGGCAAUGAAGCAUAUCAUGUGUUUGUGAACCUUGUUUUAUUGUUGCAUAUUAUGUAUAGAUUUAUCUGUAAAUAUUGUAUGUGUACAUAGCAGUAUCACUCUUUCAUUCAUGGUGACGUGUAUGUGUUUGUAGAGUCAACUCCCAUUAGUAUCUCGCUUGUACCCAUCUUUCCUUCUUCCUUAGGGUGCUGUGAGGGAGCCAGGUAGGCAAGUGGUUAAAGCGUUCACUCAUCACACCGAAUGCUGGGGUUCAGUUCCCCACUUAAGUACAAUGUAUGAAGCCCUUCCGUAACAUUGCUGAAAUUGCUAAAAGCGGUGUUCAACCCAAUCACUUGCUAACCCAUUACCGAGGUGUUUUCACAGGUUAAUGAUAUGGGAGGUGAGGCUUACUGUAGUUGGAGCCCUUAGCGGCAUGUAGACAUCUUCAUAUCUUUUACUGUAUAAUGAAAUCCUCACGAUGUCUAAAGUCAUUAAUCUGAUUUGUAAAACAACUGAUUGCAGUAGCAAUGAUGUCAUUGAUUGUGCAAUAUUGGAAUGAAAUGACUUCAUUCGUUCAUUCAAACUAGACAUCAUUUCCUUGUAGUUCCCGUUCAAGCCAGACAUGCUUUGGGUUUGAACCGUAGGAAUAAUUACAAGCCCUGGAUGCAGGUCCGAGCUCCAGUGGCACUGCUAGUCCAACAGUUGAUGUGAGUCACAGCUAGCUUAAUUCUUGUAAAUGGUAGAAGCAUUGGCUUUGCAGCUCGGCCUGCUGCUACGCAUGUAAGUUGAACAUAUUUAGUGUGGCGAGAAUGAACGUGUGAUGCUCCCACGUGUCAGAACAUGAGUUGUACAUACAAAGGUCUUGUACUUUACUAAUGACUGUUAUCAUCAAUUUCAUUUGCCAUCAUGCAUUGUCAAAUCUUUUCGAUAUAUAUAUAUAUAUGUACUCUGUGACAAAGUAAUCCUAUAUGAGUCGUGUAUUUGCAGCGUUUGUCAACAUUCCAUCAGCCAUUUUAUACUUUGUUAGUUGUAUUUUAUAUCAUUGUAUUAUGUUUAGUUGAAGAUCUUGGUACCUCACUGGCCAUAAGUUGAAACAAAAGUCAAAUAUUGACAUUUUUAGCUGCUCUUGUUGCGAAUUAGUUUGCUUUACCACAACAAAUUAAUAAAGUGCUUGUCGUCAUUUGGGGGCGAAACUGAGAAUGUUUAUCUUGGCUGGGUGUCCUGUUGUUCGGGGUUUAGUGUCAGGGUCAGAAUGGAAUGAAGUUUACAGGCUCUGAAGAACAUUUACAGGCCAAUUUGGUUGGUGUCUAGUAGCCAAGUUGUAUAAGCGUUGGCUACCUACACUGGAGGCCUGGGUUCUGGAUGUGAUGUGGCUGGACAAAACAGCUUAGACAAAUGAACAGCCCAUCUCUUGCAUUUGGCUAUUUUAGACUUGUAUCGGACACAAUUUAUUAGUUUGUUGUGGAUGUUGUUUAGUCUGGUUGUGUGCUUGGUGCAGUGACAGCCUAGUUUACAAAAUAAUGCAGCUAUAUUUCUGACUAUGCUUGAAAUGUUGUCCACGCUUCUUGGCUAUUUAAAUUCAACAUGGUAAUGUGGUGGAUUCAUUGGGUCGUCACGGUUACUGCUCACAUUCUGCAUAAUAUGACAUCACUUCCAGCAAGAAUCAAAUUGAAUCCUACUUUCAAGCAUGGUCAUGUGUCAGUUAACUAGGCUAAUUUUGAGGUUAUGUUGCAAUGUUUUACUGAGAGUUCCUAUUGUCCUAUAUGUGUAGAUUUGUCCAGGACUCAGAUUGUAUUGAUAAUGGUCGAAAUCAGUAUUGCCAUUUCAGAGAAAUGGUCUCUUAAUGUUAUGCAAGAACUAUUGUCAGAUCUUCCUAUAUCAGUGAUGGUGAUUAAAACAGUGAUAUACUAUCA